GAACCACUGAUCCAUGCAAUUGUUGUUUUCACUCGCUAUGCAUCGCUACUUGCUGCAGCAAUGUGUACAGAACUGUUUGUUCUGAACUGCGUCCAACCAACGGAACUCUUCCCAACACCUAGUAAGCAUUGGCCGCCAGCACCUUUCCUGCUGAUGUUCAUUACAAGCAUGGCUGAUCUCCUCCUGUACUUCUUUCUGGUGCCAGAAACUCGUGGCAAAAAACUGCCGGACCAUAUGCCAGGCGAUGAACCGGAAAAAGAAGAUGCCACUGGUGGCAAGCAGGAGGCUGCAGUGAUUGCUGUUGCUCAGACGCCCCCAAACAAAAACGUUCACAGUAUCAACCUGAACACCAAAUAUUAA